GCCGGCCGACUCGCCUCAGGGCUCCACCGUCGCUGCAGUGCUGGCUCAUUCCAAACCCGAGCAGUUCCAGAUAGACCUCGAUGUACGUGACGGAAGAGGGGAGCCGUCCCGGUGAAGAGGCCGUCCUUCCCUUCCCUGCUGAACUGCUCCAGGCCCAGCGGUGAAUGAAACAUGGCGACGCUGCGCUUCGGACAGCAUCUGAUCAAGGCCUCGGCCGUCUUCCUGCAGACGGAGCUGUCGUUCGCCCUCGUCAACAGGAAGCCCGUCGUGCCCGGACACGUGCUGGUGUGCCCCCUGAGGCCGGUGGAACGCUUCCGGGACCUGCAGGCGGAUGAAGUGGCCGAUUUGUUCCACACCACCCAGAGAGUCGCCGCCCUGGUGGAGAAGCACUUCAGCGCCACUUCGCUCACUAUUGCCAUCCAGGAUGGCCCUGAAGCCGGACAAACCGUGAAGCAUGUCCAUGUCCACGUGCUGCCCAGGAAGGCGGGGGAUUUUGAGCGGAAUGACAGCGUCUACGACGAGCUGCAGAAACACGACCGUGAGGACGAGGACCAUCCCUCCCAGUGGAGAUCCGAGGAGCAGAUGGCGGCUGAAGCUUCGACCCUCAGGACAGAGCUCCAGCAGCUCUGAACGCUCCACAGCACCAACGAAUACUGCUCAAGAUUGCAUGGCAGGAUCAGCAGUGACUGGACGACCACGAAAACCAUCAACAAAUGUGUUCAGGAUUCACAGACAUUCCCUGCUGCUGCAUGCAUGAUCGAUGUUUUCCA